UGCCUCUCGCGGCGGAGCGCAGCUCCCCAAUAACACGAGCACAAUGGUCAACGGGCGAGACAGAGCGGCAGACUGAUGCGCGCUGCGCAUACUUACCUAAGGCUAUUUCACAUGGCAUCCUAAAACUUUGAUACAUCUCGAUUCUGACGCCGCUUGUGUGAUUUAUGGAGCCUCGCAGCCUGCUCGCGGUAGCAGCACCUGCUUUUUGGUGAGUGUGAGUCCAGGCUUAAUGCAGCGGUGCAUGUUUUUUGGGGAGGGGGAGAUGGGCAGGUGAUGAGAGAUCCUGUUGAAUAAACACCUAACGGCCAACGUGCCGUGGCCAAAACUGUCAUCCCUCGAUGCGAUCACACCUGACUGCUGAGGUGUCGGGUUCCGCGUUUGGCUACGUCGAGGAAUAUCUGGAUUCUCUGAGCGAGAGGGAAAUUUUGACAAACCUGGGAUUUACAGCCUCAGCCAUCUCUAGCUUGUCAUAUUGAGGGUGGAAGCUGAGAAGACAUCCUCAUAUCAUUUCCUACCUGUUGCUGGUGUCAAGCGGAUUCGGUGAUUCAUUCAUAGCCACUGAAGGGGCAGAGAACAGAACACACUUACACCUCACCCCUCCCUCAAAGCGAAGAUGGGAACCAGCGAUUUCACAGGCGUAUAAAGUCUCAACGGCGACCGAGCACAUCCGAUAACGGAAAGGAGCCACUCUCUCCUCCUGCAUUUAUUUUUCUUUUUGGAUAUUGUAGGCGCGCGUUACGCACAUGGAUUCUAGAACUGUUGGACACAUUUUUCUCAUAAUGGUGAUUAUGAUGAUGAUGUCACCAGAAGCACGUCGCUUCGCUACAGUUGUAAAGUUCAAUUACAAUAGGUAAAAGUGCACUGAAAGACCUUAAAGCACUUCCGAGGGCAUCGGACCUAUUGUUCCAGUCAAGUGCAUUUAUGAACUUGCUGAGCCCGUCUUUUGCUCAGCCUCUUCAGACAAUUUUCCAUCAUUCUGAACGCUUCGUAGUUUAAGAAGAUGGAGUUUGCUAUGGUGGGCGCGGACAGCGGGGGCUGCAACACCCACCUGCCCUAUGGAUAUGCACAGGCUCGCGCCCGGGAGAGAGAGCGCGAGCGGGAGAGACAGUCUCGCGCAGCGGCGGCAGCGGCAACCGAAGCAGAAACGGUCGGAGAGGGAGGUGGGUCCAGUGGCCAUCCUCACAACCACCCGCUUCAGACUCGCACCGCCUCUUCAACGAAUGCCAACAACAGUAGCGCCGGGACCGCCUCGCGCCCCUCCUCCUCCUCCUCCCAGCAGCCUCAACAGCAGCAGCAGCAACACCACGAGCCACCACAGCAACUUCCCAGAGAGCGAAAAAAGCAAAGAGGCGUCGCGCGCUGGAGACGGAACCGCGCGGGACUCGGCGGGGAUCUACGCCAGUCAGAGUUGGCACUCUUAGGAUCCGAGGAGGACAUCAUGAUCGAGGAGGAGGAGGAGGCAGAGGGCGAGGAGGAAGAGGAGGAGAGGGGAAGCAAGAGGUCGAGUUUUGUCUAUAACAUGGUUGAUGAAGAGGAGACGGUCUCGUUAACGGACAGGCGUCCUCAGUCCGGCUACGAAAAUGUUUACAAUGAGUACGGCUGCUGCGAGAGAGUUGUCAUCAACGUGUCGGGCUUAAAGUUUGAAACUCAGCUGAAGACUCUCGCGCAGUUCCCGGACACGCUCCUGGGAGACCCUGAGAAAAGAAUUAGGUACUUCGACCCUCUGCGUAACGAAUACUUCUUUGACAGGAAUCGACCGAGCUUCGACGCUAUUCUAUACUUCUAUCAGUCAGGGGGGCGUUUAAAGAGACCCGCCAAUGUGCCGUUUGACAUCUUUUCAGAGGAGGUCAAGUUCUAUGAACUCGGGGAAGAGGCGAUGCUCAAGUUUCGCGAGGAUGAGGGCUUCGUGAAGGAGGAGGAGAAGCCGCUGCCCGAGGACGAGUUCAAACGCCAGAUCUGGCUGCUGUUCGAGUACCCGGAGAGUUCAAGUGCAGCCAGAGGGAUCGCGGUCGUGUCAGUGCUGGUCAUCGUUAUAUCCAUCGUCAUCUUUUGUUUGGAAACAUUGCCAGAAUUCAGGGACGACAAAGAAUUCCUCAGCCCAGGUAAAAACUCCACACAGGAAGACAAUGGAUUUACGCCAUUCAACGACCCCUUUUUCAUCAUUGAGACAGUGUGCAUCAUUUGGUUUUCGUUUGAGAUCAUCGUGCGCUUCUUCGCGAGCCCCAGUAAAGCUGAUUUCUUUAAAAACGUUAUGAACUCCAUAGACAUUGUCUCUAUUUUGCCUUAUUUCAUAACUCUCGGCACCGACCUCGCUCAUCAGCAAGGCAACGGGCAACAUGCAAUGAGUUUUGCGAUCCUGAGAAUAAUACGACUCGUCCGCGUGUUCAGGAUCUUCAAACUGUCUCGACACUCGAAAGGUCUUCAGAUCCUCGGGCACACUUUGCGCGCGAGCAUGCGAGAGCUGGCGCUGCUCAUCUUCUUCCUCGUCAUUGGGGUCAUCCUGUUCUCCAGCGCGGUGUACUUCGCAGAGGCGGACGAGCCCUCGUCACAGUUCACCAGCAUCCCAGACGCGUUCUGGUGGGCUGUAGUGACCAUGACCACAGUGGGCUACGGGGACAUGAAGCCCAUCACGGUCGGGGGUAAAAUCGUGGGCUCGCUGUGCGCCAUCGCCGGUGUCCUGACCAUUGCGCUUCCAGUCCCUGUCAUCGUGUCCAACUUCAACUACUUCUACCACCGGGAGACUGAUAAUGAGGACCAGACGCCUGUUGUGGAACAACCCCCACCGGGCUGCCCGUAUUUUUCGGAUUUCUUGAGAAAAUUCAGAGGGUCCUCAUCGGGGUCGUCUUUGGGUGACAAAGCAGCAGAGUACAUGGAGAUGGAGGAGGGUGUGACAGAAUCUCUGUGCGGGACUGACACACAGAGCCCUAGGAGAGGGAACGGUACUGACAUAGGCAAAAAGAACAGUUCACAUUCACGAACCCUACAGACAGAUGUAUGAUUAUGGAAGAACGAUCAUUUUCAUAAUUGUGACUGCACAAACGAAUCAGUUAACAGCACACAUGCACAACUUGAAGACAUACGGUAUGCGCGUGCGCAAAACACAAGGAGACGCUCACACACAUACAUACAUGCACUCAUUAAGUUCUGGACCUGAGCUGAAACAUUUUUGCGAUGUGGCUACUUUUGUAGAGAAACAUACCCUGUAAUCACGUGACAGGCAACGCAAAAACCACCAGCUUUACUUGACGUGGAGAGGUGUCUCUAUCUGCCCAUCUGUUCAGUUCAGCUAAAAGCACUGUACGACUACCGGUUCAUUAAUGAAGGCAACAAAAAGGAACUUGCAUAGGCACUUUAUGAGUUACAUUUGUCAGUAAUUGUAGGAAAACAGGCGAGUUCUUAUCUAAUGUUAUUAUGCAAUAACGUUUAAAUCGUUUGCACUAUCAUCAAUUAUGUUAUAGUCUCCCAGUUUAAUGCAGAGGAAAGAAACGUGUAACACUGAGGCAGAGAGGGAGGACAUUAAAAACGACUCACUAAUCAACAUGCCUUGGAUUAGGCCUAUUAAUAAAUUCGAAAUACUGGCAAACAUAGGCUGCAGUCUUCUCAAUAGUAAUGAAUUAUUUAAUAUAUUUGACUUAUCAUGAUUAAUUGGAGAGCAGCAUGUUGUGUAAUUUAAGGCAAUGCUAUCUUAAAUCCCAUUAUGGCAAACACGAGUCCGCAUGGCAGUAUUCAGUAUGUUCUACACUCUGGUAAAACCACUUUUAGCACACACCCUGUGUAGUUAUUUGUGCAUUGUCUAUGGUGACUGAAGUGUCAUUUAUAGCCAGUCCCCCCACUCCCACCCUUUUUUUUGAGUAUUUUGAAGCAAAUCAGUCAUGUUAGUUUUUGUUCAUUAGCACAAAAUUUGAAAAACCAUAAUUUAUCCAUCACACAAUGUGAGGAUUCAUUCUUCCUGAGCAUCACAGUCACAUUAUGGCAUAACGAGGCAAAAAUAACCGGUUCACAUUCUCUGACAAAGUAAACACCUCGUACAACAGAGUCAACGACACCAUGGCUUGAAGGAUCAGUUUGACCACUGUUUUCAAGUUACUGUCAUGGAAGUAUAUUUCAAGGGAAUGCUUCAUGCAACUAUUUGUCUUCAUCCCUUUACCAAAUGACAAUGCAUCCCUUUAUAAAAAAUGCUGGCGGAAAUGUACAGCACUGAAGGGAACAUGAACUUGGUGGACUUCAUGCACAGCGAAGUCUCGUCCGAUUGGAAUGCACGAUGACCACUGAUCAAGCGCAGUGCAUUGUGGAACCCAGCCUUGUGAGUCUUUCCUAUGAGAGACUUUCCGUCAGCCGUUGGACUCCUACAGAGGGGAACAGCCAUGACUGCCAGUCAACGAACAGCUAUAGGACAGGAUGGGCGCAUCAAUGCAGGUGUCACUGAAGCCACUGCUGGACAUCAGAUAGAAAGUGGACACUGCAGCCUCUCAGACGAGCAGUAAGACAGGAAGUCCAUCAAGCCAGGUGUCAAACUGUUUAAGACCCACCCCAAUAAAUGCCUUAAAGACACAGUACACUACAUCCUUAUGUAGACAAACCUGCAGCAGGAGACUGAGCUUGUCAAGAAGCUUGACAAGUUUUAAUUUUCCUCUUUAUGAGUAAAUCAGUGUCUUGCAAGAUCAGAUGUGAAUAUUUUCUUAAAAUAGAGAAAUAUUUGUUUGGGUGUAAUAUUGUCUUUUUUUUUUUGUUGUUGUUCAAUUUCUUUCUUUCUUUUAUUUUUGUAGUAGGCCUGGUGAAAGCUGUUCAGUAUAAGUGAAGGGAAAGUCUACUGUCUGUCUGUGGCAGCCUCUUCCAUCUAGUUUUAUCUCUUUUUAUUUCCUAAACCAAAAGACUGCCAGCUGGAAUGGAGAAAUUCAGCGGCAGUGUUCAAUGAUGUCAGUCUGAACGGGUCACACAUUUACAGUAUGAAUGCAGGGUCAAAUCACAUUCCCUUCAGCACCAGACUCAUUGCUUUUGCUCAAAUCUUCAACAAUCAAGAAUAAUCUGCAUUUAGAUUAGAAGAGCUCUGUCAUGAAACCCUCAAUGUUCUUUAAGGGAUAGUUCACCCCAAAUUUCAGAAACUAAGGUGAUUGUUUAUUCACCCUCAUUAUGUUAUUUCAAACCCAUAUGACUUUCCUUUUUCUGAAAAAUAUAUUAGUGGUAUUUUUUUUGUUUGUUUGUUUGUUUUUUGUUUUUUUGUCCGUUUAAUGCAAGUCAAUACGUUUGCAUGGACCCAAAUAUUACAUCUUUAAUCUGAAAUUAAAUUUUAUUCAGACUAUAAAGAGAUGGUGUAGAAUUGAAAUAAUUUAAUGAACAGGAAAAAAUGAAGCUCAUUCUGUAAAUGAUUAAAUCUGACUAUUUUCUCAAUCGGAUUUAAAAAUGCCUUACCAACAUACGUAGAAGCAUAUGUUUACAUAUGUUUUACAUCUUGUGACCGUGCAUAUGUUUAAAUGUCAUGUCUUAUUGGUCAGUGGAGGAAACUAAAUAUAUAAUAAGUAGUUGGUAAAAAGCUUGUCUGACAUAUAAAGUCAUGGACAAUAAUACUGGCACCCCUGCUUUUCUGUCAGUUAAUGCACUAUUUCUCCAAGAAAAUUGUUGCAAUUACAAAUGCUUUGGUAUUCUUAUGUUUAUUUCUUUUGUUUGCAUUGGAACAACACAAAAAAGCAAGAGGAAAAAAGUCAAAUCUGAAACAUUCUACACAUAACUCCAAAAAAUGGAGUGGAAAAAUUAUUGGCACCGUUCACAAUCUUCUGAAAUAAUUGUAUUUUAAGCAUGUGAUGCUACUUUAAUUUGUAAUUAAACUUACUUGUAGCAAUUCACAGGUGCUGGCAAUAUAGAAAUCCAACUUGCAACCAGUUCAAAUGGGGGGAAAAUUAGUCAGUCUUUGUGUUGGGUGGAGAAAAGAAAGAAGAGUAAAGAAUUGUCUGAGGAUUUGAGAACCAAAACUGUGGAAAAGCAUUUUUUAAUAUUGAAUAUAUGUAAUUGCAUUAUCUGACAGAUAUGCAGGGGUUACAAUAUUUUUGUCCAUGACUGUGUCCACUUUUUUAAAUCUGAUUGUUUUAUUUCAACUGCUUCACAGAAGAAAGGAAGUCAUUCAAGUUUGAAGCAACAUAAUAGAACUUCCAUUUUUAUGUAAACAAUGUGUAAACAGUCCCUUUAACACCCAGUGGAGUCAAACAUCAGUAAUAGUCAUUUGAAAAAUAUACCUAUAUUUCUGGUGGCCUUGAUGGUCUCUAAGGUGCAGAUAAAUGAUGAAAGUUGAAUUGUGGGUGCCAUCAGGUUUGGUAGACAGCUGGUUAUUCAUUUGAGUUGGUGCAUUACUGGACUGAUGCCCAGUGCUCAGAUGGUGAGCAAUGUCUGCUGCUCUCUGCCUGCAUCCACUUUAAAUAUCACUGAUAAUAACCCAUGACAGACUUUGGUUUAUAAAUAUUACUGAUCAGUUCAUCACAAUAGGAAUAACACUACUCUGCUGAUGUGAACUGGGAAUUUUGGUACUGCAGUUCAAGUCGCCCCUUUUGCAAUACCCUCUUAUAAAUAGUGCCCUCAAACAGCAGACUGUGAAUUACAGUGCCACACUGACAGCAUGACAAUAAAGCCACAUAUAAACAGAUCUGCAAGUUAUAUUCCCAGGUAACUGACACUCUCUCUCCCUCUCUCUUGUCUGUUUGGAGACACAGCAACAUAAAGAGACGAUACUCUCUGUGAAAUGACUGCCCCACAAUCCCCCCCGUCUCUGUCUCUCUUUUCAUCUCCCACUCCUUUCUCAUUCUUUGUCUUUUGCCUAUCUGACAUGCAACCAAGCAUGCAGAGCUAUGCACACAGUUGUCUUCUCUUUCUCUGUCUCUCUCUUUCUGUCUGUCUGUCUAUGUGUUUUUCUUGUCGGAUGUUCUCAGAAUAGACAACGUGUCAGAAUUUUAGGAUAAGCGUGGUCUGAUCUUAUAGAAUAUAAACACAAACAAUUUCUAGAAUGAACCAGCUGCUUCGUUGUCAAGGAAAUACAUUCAAGUAAUCUGUAUGCAAAGUUCUAUGGAAGUGUACUAUCUAUUUUUUUAAAUCUAGCCUUGAAUAUUAUAUAACCAAAGUCAAACCCUGAAUAUCUAUGUUCUAUGUUUGGACCUCUUUUAUUUAUAUAUUUUUUUCUUUUGAGAUUUAGACCUAGUAAAAUAGAUGCACAUGAAGCACGACAUAUGUACAUAAGCAGAUGUCUAUUUUAUUGUGUCCUCAAUGUCACGUCAUUUUAGGCAAAUCUACUUUUUGACUGUUAGCCUUCUCGAGUCCCAGGCCCUGUUUUUCUCUCGUUCUCUUAAUUCCUAAUGGUUUUGUGCACCUCGUGAAAGCCGAUCCUGUCAGUAGCAGACUCCCUCUCCUCAGCUCUCUCUUUUUUAGUGUAUGUGUUAGUUAGUUGACUGGACUAUCUAACAGAGGACCACUUGCUGAGUGCUUUCAUAAACUAUAGCCAAGAUCAUCAGGUGGAUCAGCGCCAUGAAGCAACUAAACAUGGAGCAUUGCGUCAUGUCACAUGUUGUAGAUCUACAUGUGACUUUAAUAUGUAAAUAUGUGUUAGUGCUAUUAUGAUGUCACCACGACACGUUGCUCUGUGCUUGAUGCGGUGGAUCAGAACGGUUUACAUUGGAGAACAAAAUAAUUCCUUAACAUCCACGAUGCGAUGUGCAUGGCUCUUUUUAUUAUACACUGAGUCAACAGCCAAGAAUUACCAGUCAACCGUGAGGAGACUUUGUUACCAUGGAGAUGUUCUGCCAGUGCUGACUGGUCAGCUGGCUUUGGAGGAAAAGGAAGCUUUGCCUGGUGAAAAAGGAGAAUUACCUGCUAAACGAGAUAAACCAUAUCAGCACAUCCUCUCAUUGAUUUGAUCGAUUAUUUUGUUCAUAUUCAACUUGCGAUUAAACUGUGGCUUAUGCGGUCUGAUUUGCACAUGAAUAUGGAAUGCAAUGGAGAGAUAUCUAAAACUCACUUAUUAGAUGCACACACAGUAUUACCAUUAUGAAUUCUGUUUGACUGUUAGGGAUGCACUGACAAUAAAAAGAUACUAAUAUAUAUAUUUAUUUAUUUUUUUGUUGUUUUUUUAUGUCAUGGCUGAUAGACAAUGGCUGAUAUUAAAAUUGUAUGCUAUUGUCUCUAAAAUCUUUAAAUUAAAAAAUUAAAUGAAAUGUUCUUAGGUGCUACACGUGAAUUUAGGCGUUUAGUCACAACAUUGUAAUGUAGGGGAGAUUCAUUUCAAGAUUUGCUAAAGGUGACGUUUAACAGUGUUAACAAAUUAGUGCUUUUAAAAAUUUCAAAUGAGCGUUAGAUGACGGCAAAGAUGAUCUUAAUGUAAAAAUGGUGGAAACAAGCAUGCAUAUAUAUAUAUAUAUAUAUUAAAUUUUUGCCGAGCUGACCGUUAUAUAUCCAAUACAGGGGUGUCCAAUCUCAGUCCUGGAGGGCCAACUUCCUGCUGAGUUUAGCUCCAGCUUGUCCCAGCUAACCUACCUGGAAGAUUAUUUUAAUCCUGAAAACAUUGGUUACUUUGGUUCAGGUUGUUUAGUUGGGGUUGGAGCAUGACAGUGGUCCUCCAGGAGUGGGAUUAGACAGCCGAUCCAAUAUAUAAAUUAAAACAAAUCUUUAAUAUUGACUGAUAUAUUGUGCAUCCCUAUUUGAUUGCAAAAUGGCCAGAAUCCCUGCUGUUGAAUGAGAGAUACUGAGACAAAAUUAAGAGAAUCCUUAGAAAUGCAACUUAAAAAAUAGCAAUCAUAGAAAACCUGAAACCUUAGCACACCAAUGUGAUAUUUGAUGUAUCGUAUGAACUAUAAAUAUUUUCUUGUGGCUUUCAUUACAGCAUGGAAUAUAUUGUACUGUGUACAAGUGACUGUCUGCUCAUUAUUAAUGGAUUUCAGUGAGCUUAGAUAAAUUCUAAAGAAUCAUUAGGCUUUUUUUCACUUUUGUAAAGUGUCAUAAUGGACAUAGUUACCUGUGUAACGCUUCGCUGCUCACCCCUCGUCUCCACACAGUAACGAAACCGCAGGAGAACAUUGCUGACUGGAAGAGAUCUCUUUCAAUUACCAGAUCACCUUACUUCUAGUGUCUGGCUUACAGCAAUGUAGUGUAUACAGCUAUAGGUCACUAACGAAACAUAGGCUUUCGCAUGUCAGAAAUAUGAAUCUAAUAUCAGAUCAUUUUGGUAAUCACAGAUGGACCUCUGUGUAUUUCAGCUUCGAUGAGAGGUGUGUUGGUGUGUGUUGGGUCAGCUUUUGUGCCUCCUAACAAACAUGCGGAGGGAGAUGCGCUCGGUGAGUCUGUGUUCUUCUGAUGAACAAUCCAGAUGGCAGGAAAAUGUAUAGAAUGCCCCCCCCCCCCCCC